CCUGCUUCCGCCCGUCACCCACUGCGCCAUGGUCCAAGUACAGCCGCGAAACAUGUCCGAGCGCCAGGAGAGCGAGCAGCCCUCCGCCCAGGGCGGCUCGCUGCUCAUCGCGUGGCAGCUCAAGGACAAGAACGUGCUCAUCGUCGGCGGCGGGGAAGUAGCCUCCCAGCGCAUCGACUCCCUCCUCCCCACCGACGCCAACAUCACCGUCCUCUCGCCCGCCAAGGGCGUCUGCGCGCGCACUCAACAACUUGUCGACGCCCACCCGCACCGCGUCACGCACUACGACCGCCGCUUCACCGGCCCCGCCGAGCUGCACCACAUGGACAUGGUCCUCACCGCAAUCGACGACGUCAGCAAGAGCCGCGAGAUCGUCGAGCUCUGCCGCAAGGCGCGCAUCCCCGUGAACGCCGCGGACAUCCCAGACCUCUGCGACUUCUACUUUGGCGCGCAGGUGCGCGACGGCCCGCUGCAGAUCAUGAUCUCGACGAACGGGAACGGGCCGAAGCUCGCGGCGCUCAUAAAGGAGCGCAUCCGCGACUCGCUCACGGGGUGCGAGGGUGUAGCGAUUGAGAAGGUCGGGCAAUUGCGGGCGAUGCUGCGCGAGCGCGCGCCGGGGGUAGGCGGCGGGCUUGGGCGGAGGCGCAUGAAGUGGAUCUCGAGCCUGUGCAGUCAGUGGCAGUUGGAGGACCUGAUGCACUUGGAUGAGACGACCAUGACGCGCCUCCUCGAUGAGGGCUGGGAGAAGAAUGAGGUACCGACGCCCGCUCAGCUAGGCGUGAAGCGGACGCAGACCUACAAGAAGUCCGCCCCUAGUACUUCUUCUGCGCCGCCGAUUUCCGGAUCGCUACCCAUCAUCCCUUGCAGCCUCGCUUUCGUGGCAGGUAUUGCAUGCUCCGCCGCGGUCUUCCUGUUGCGUGCAAGGCGUUAGAGCCUGACUGAGCGAUACCUGCUGGCGGAAUAAACCUGCCUAAAAACCAUCCUCCCCACUCCAAGUCGAUACCAAGCACACACAUAUUUAUACGUACUGUAAUUCGCGUGGUGUAUGUACCAGAUACAUGUAUACUACAUAAGGGCCUGUAGACUGGAAUCAAUGCAAUGGAACAGAGUGUCGAGUCACAAAAAAUGGGAUGCAGGAGCAAGAAAGAGUGCAAUCAUGCCAGUGUCCUGUUCGCAUUCACAUAGCCAGUACCAUAGCAUGAGUACACCAACUGCUUGCACUCCGAGUCUUCAGGCUCCGCUGGUGCAAUUUUAAAUGACGUGCCAAAGAAUUGGCGGACGUCGCGGAGAAAUUGGAUGGUCUGCACCGUCGGCUCCCCCAUCCUACACCG